AAAAGAAAACGUGAAGACCAAAUUUUGAUAAAAUCUGAGAAGUUUGAACAUACGGUGUAUGAUAAAUUUAUGCAUAUUAAAGAAGAAAGCAAUACACAUAUGAAUGUUGAGAUAGUUGUGGAUGUUUUACAAAUAAUUAUCGAAUUAGGAAAAUAA